GUUGCCAUGGCUACUGCAGCGCGCUUGGAGCUGGGGCGCUUGGCGCAGGAGGCCGCGGCCCUUGCGGGGGUCGUCCGCGGCCCUCCCUGCCCCCACGGAGGACACGGACAGGUCCUGCUCACCCGCCCCACGGGAGAGGUCCUCCUUUCCCGAGACGGGCGGCGUGUGCUGGAGGCCCUGAAUGUGGACUCGCCGACGGCCAGAAUUAUGAUAGCAUGCAUUUCUACACACUGCAAUUUGUUUGGAGAUGGCGCUAAAACCUUCAUAAUUCUACUAUCUGAUUUACUACAACAAUUUGAAAAACUUAAUAAAAGAGAUCAAGGAAAAUAUUGCAGUUUUAAGCAUAUUUCCCAGUUUCUUGUGAAGAUCCAAACAGAUAUCCUGGACCAUAUAAUGACGUGGGACCUCAAGAAACAUUUUUUGUCAAUCUUUUCUGCUUCUGCCUCAGAUAUGAGAAAGGAUAUGGAGUUAGUGUUAGAACCUUAUUUUUGUGGGAAAGUGGGAAAUAACAGGCAAAAGUUCCUUUCUCAUUUGGCUUGUGAUUUCUACUUCAAAGUUACAGCUGGUAAAAACCAGAAGGAGGCAUUAUACUUAGUGAAUGAAUGUUUUGCAGAGCUGCAUACCACUGUGACAGGCCUUCCUUUUUCAGAUUCAAGGAUCCUAGAUGGCUUUUUACUUCAAAGAGACUUUGCAGUAUACUGCCCUGCCAAUAGUGAUAAAAGAGUUAUAAUUAUAACAGAACCUAUUCACUCUUCCAUAUCUGAGUUGGGCAUAGAAGUUGUCAUAACUGCUGAAAGUCAGUUCAAAGCAUCUGAAACCUGGAUUACAAAAAGAACUGAAACUCUUCUACAACACAUGCAAGACAGUAACAUCAAGGUAAUACUGUCAAGUGUGAAACAGCAUGAUAUUGUUCACUAUUAUGCAAAAAAUAAUGGCAUAUCUAUUGUAGAUUGCUUGUUAGCAGAGGAAAUCGCUCUUAUUUGCAAGGUUACCGGAAUCUCACCUUUCAGACCAUCUUUGGAUAAUAUUAACAGUGAAAUCACUCAAAUAGCUGUAGCAAAAUUUUGCCAACCCUUACACCUUGGAACCAAAAGUUUUGUUCACAUUGGCUUUGCAAAAACCUCUGUCAUCCAGCUUCAUUGUGCAAUUCUCUGUGGACCAGUACAUGGAGUUACUGAGCAACAUGCUUCUGCUUUUCGUGAAGCAUUCAAAGUGCUACAACAAACGUUUACAGCAGUUCAGCUAGCUGAGCACUUUGACUCAAAAUUGGAAAAUCACUGUCUUUUAAAUAGUCUGAAUAAAACUCAGCAGUGUUCAGCUCCUCAUCAGCCUUUAGUUCAGGAGCACAGUGAUUGGAGAAAAGUCCAAACCAACACCAAGCACCUGACACCUGGUGGGCUUAAAAUGGAAAAACUUUCUGCACCUUCUUAUGUAGAAGAUGAAAAGUUAGUCCAUUCAUCCAGUUGUAAUUCCUCAGGCAUAGCCAUGCCUUCUGUUGAUUUGUUGCAUGGUAUUAAGAGUUCAUUAUUACAGAAAAGUGAUGAUGAUUCAGUUGGCUGGCAAAUGGCUUCUCAUAAAUACAAAUUUCAAAAAGAAGAGUUGCAAAUGACUGAGAAUGAACUUCUUGAAGAUAAUCAGCCUGUUUAUAAUACAGAUAACAAAAACAUAGAUUUCAGAAAUGUAAAGCUUCAAGCUAGUACAGACAGUUGUACCAGGUUACUUAAAUAUGAUGAGAAUGAUAAAAAAGGUAAUCAGAGUUACUCUGACUCUUGCAUAAAAGUGGGAUCAGUUUUGCCAGUAGGAGGGCUCUUUGAAAUUCUGUUACAUUACUAUCUAUCUAACUAUGCAAAACAAUGCCAGUCAUCAAAUAUAUCCAUUAUUUGUACUAUACUUGCUGAUGUAUUGCUAAGUAUUCCAAAAACUCUCUGCACGACACAAAAAAGGAAUGCAUUUCCUCAGCUCUGCCUUCAAGUUACCAGUGCCCUCAAAAGCAGUCAGCAGCUUCUGCCAAAUCAAAAGCUUCUAGAAUCAGUUUCUUGUAAGUACCACUUGGUGGCUUCUGUGCUUCAAUGUGCAGCUCGGCUGCUUAGUGUUGACCUAAUCAUUAGCGUUAAAAGGCUACCACAGAAGGCUGAAGAGAGCGACUCAGAAGUUGAUGUGUAAAAGCUAGCUCCUCCUAUAUUGGUGGGAAUCUCAUUCAUCUCUAUCUGAUUACUUUUUUCCUUUUCUCCCCUAAUUCUUAGUGAAAGGACCCAAAAAGAGGAAAGGGAAAUAAUAUAACUAUAUUAUUCUUCCUCCUUCAGCCUUCUACUUCUGAUUACUAGGAAGGACUUCAAAAUGCUCUGUUUUGCAUAUCUCUCACCAGAUGUGUACCCAGGCUUAUUUACAUUUGCCUCAACUACCAAGUAUGUAUGUAACUUUGCUGUUGAAUCAAUACAGCUUUAUUUUCACCCAUUCCCAAGAAUGUGUCAUUAUACUUUCCUCUUGCCUAUCAUACUUGGGUGAAAUGAUGUAUCAGGAUUUUUAACUUCUUUUAAAAACAUUUUUUUUUUAGCUCAAGGACAAAUCUGUGAGCUGAGGAACAUUAGUGCAACCUUUAGUUUUUAGGGGCUGGGAGAAUAGACAUAUUAGUUCUAAAUUUGUUUGGUUUAUUUAUGCAUUAGAUGUGUAUCAUGGCUUUCUCCUAGGUGCCCAAAGUGGUGUCUAAAGCACUCCAAUUUUUCCACACAAGAAAUUCUGUGAGGUAGGUUAGGCUGAGAUAAUGUGACUGGCCCAAGUCACCCAAGGAUUCACCGCAACUAAUACAAUUUUAUUCAAAUAAAAGCUCUUCUAAAUUCUC